GCAAUAGAACAAAAGGGCAUUGAUGUAUAAAAUUUAAGUAUUUUCUUUGAUAUGUAUGUGCAUAACCGUCCGUUCCAAACAUGCGCAGAACAAGUGGUGUUUUUAUAGGUAUAUCUAUUAACUGAGUUCCAAAGAUUAUUGUUGAACGGAUAACUACGAGAGCAUGUUGGAGAAUCUAUUGUUGCUAAAUUUAAUUGGAAGUAAAGUCUAAAUUACGUUAACUACAACAAUAUGGACUGUCAUCAUCGAAUUGAAGUUCCUUUACGUUCUGGAGGAGGAGGCAAAAAAAUGAAGAAAAGAAGGGAACUAGACGCCCUGAUAGCACACUCCUCCACGGCUAAAAGAAAUACGACAAAUGGACGUAGAGCUAUGCAUUCCCAAGACAAAUUGCUGUCAGUCUCAACGGAUGACCCUGAAGAUUAUGUCUGGACAAACGUGUCUGGAUCUAGCCGUCGAAGCCAUCGAAAAAAUAAUUAUUUUCGAACGUGUGGACCAGUGCUCAUAGGAAUCACCAGCGUUUUAAUUGUUGCCAUUCUGUAUUGGCUUUACUUUGAUUUACGACAACAGAUAUCUGAUUAUCGGCAUAAAAUUGAGGAAGUAUCUGCUAUAAGCAAAAACUUUCCUGAUACACUCCAAAAGUGGCACGAAACUUCGUCGUUCCUUUUGAAAAAUCAAACCGCAGUGAUUACACAGAUAAAUGAUUUGCGAAAAACUUUGGACAGUUUACGUACUAAUUUCAGUAGUCUUGAGGCUACAGUUAAUGCUCAAAGAAAUCAUGGCCAAGACGAGAAGUUGGUGGCUGAUUUUGGAGCCAAAAUCGAGUCUGUUGCAACCGACAUAGAAGAGAUAAAGGAUCAUUACAAUCGAUACAUAGAGGUUCAAAAAAGUAUUCAGUCUGAAACUGCUGCAUUGAAGGCCAAUUUAAGCCAGUUGCCUGUACUUCAUGCCGCAAAUUCACCAAAUAAUUUCUCGGAGGAGAUCAGCGCUCUAAAUCAGACUUUCGAGAAUUCCUUUAAACAAUUCCAAAACGAUCUCAAGGAUGUUAAUAACACAUACAGUCAGACAACGAAAAUGCUUCGAGAUGAGAUUUUAAUCCACAAGACAAAACUAGAUGAUUUGUUGGAUCGCUCAGAGAACAUAACAUCUCACGUGGCUACAAUGAGUAAUAGUUGGCCAGAGUAUAAGCAAAAAAUUUUAAAUGUCGAUGAGUCUUUGGACAAAAUUGAAAAAGAGAUGUUGUUAACCAAAAGUAUGAAUAAUGAAUUCGCCGUUUCAAUUAAGCAGCUCAAGACCUUGUGUCGAAAUCAUUUGACUGCAAAGCCAAUCGAAAGCAACAACGAUAUUUUACCAAUAACCCAGUCGGACGAAAAUUUACACGAUUCAGUAAUGCCAUUAGCCAAUGCUACAACUAAAUUAAAGGAAACCUCCGCGCUGUAAGAUUUGCGUUUAAACGAUAAUUGAAACAAUUUUUCAUUCUGCACAGUGGUGGAGGAACAAGUUACACAAUCUGUGUGUGUGUACGAUAUUUCUACUACUAUAUGCCAAGUCAUAUGCCACCAACUUAAAAUAUGCAUAGUACGUAUAAUAAAGUAAUUUGCAAUACUUGCGAUGUGAAAAAAAAAUUUUACAUUAUAGUCAUUAAAUUAAAUUUGAAAUAUAUAGACUAAAAGUGUGAUUAAGCUUACAAUUGUUUUCACGUAGAAAGUUUUUAAUUGUAUAUAAGCAUUCUGUAAAAUAUAUUUAUGUAUAGUUCACGUAAUAUGUACCUUAUUUGCAUAUACUUAUUAAAACACGACAAAUUCACAGAAUAAACCAA